ACUUCUUAAAGGGGGAAUUCGUUUCAUGACCCUUUGUGUGUUCACACUCCGUACUCCAUACGAGAGAACUAGAAGAAUUAUUAAGCUCAUUCCAGGAAGGAAGAUAUCAAGAUCCAUCGCAUUACUUAGCUGACUUCCUAAACUUUGAUUAAUAUACAACCGAAGGGGGCACACACUUCCAUUGCUCCAAAUCCCAAUUACCUUCUCUCAACUGAAAUACCCACAUCAAUCCAUAAUCCAAUCUUCAAUCGAUUGCUUCUGAGAUACCAAAUCCAGAAGCAUCAACCAAAGAUUCUUCAAGCAAAAAUCAGAAAUCGGUGUCUCAAUAGGUUAUGGGUUGUUUCUCUUUCUUCUUUCGCCGGAGUGCAGACCCACCAACUAGCCGGUUUUAUGAAUUCGAAGAUGAAUUAUCCGAAGUUCAGAACCUUAAACUCUACACCUACAAGGAACUAAGAUGUGCGACUGAUGAUUUCAGUCCCGCCAACAAGAUUGGGGAAGGUGGAUUUGGUCCCGUUUACAGGGGAAGACUAAGACAUGGGAAAGACGCUGCUAUAAAGGUUCUUUCUGCUGAAUCAAAACAAGGCGCAAGAGAGUUUUUAACCGAAAUCAAAUUGAUUUCUGAUAUCGAGCAUGAAAAUUUAGCCAAGCUUUGUGGAUGUUGCGUUGAGGGCAACCACAGGAUUUUAGUAUACGAUUAUCUUGAAAAUAACAGCCUGGCUCAGACCCUUCUUGGUAAUGGGCAUAGUUCUUUAGAGUUUAGUUGGCGAACAAGAAGUAAGAUAUGCAUAGGAAUUGCUAAAGGCCUUGCUUUUUUACAUGAGGAAGUGCGCCCACAUAUUGUUCAUAGGGAUAUUAAAGCAAGCAAUAUUCUUCUUGAUAAAGAUUUAACACCCAAGAUUUCGGAUUUUGGUCUUGCAAAACUCAUCCCUGCAAACAUGACACAUGUCAGUACGCGUGUGGCUGGAACAAUUGGUUAUUUGGCACCAGAAUAUGCAAUUCGAGGCCAGUUGACACGUAGAGCUGAUGUUUAUAGUUUUGGUGUACUUCUUGUUGAAAUUGUCAGUGGGAGAUGCAACACAAACUCACUAUUGCCAAUCGAAGAACAAUUUAUUCUUGAAAGGACGUGGGAUCUUUAUGAAAAAAACGAAUUGAUAGAGCUUAUAGACGCGGAAUUAAACGGUGAUUUUGAUGUAGAAGAGGCAUGUAAAUAUUUAAAAAUCGGUCUUUUAUGCACCCAAGAUAAUCCAAAGCUUCGACCCGUGAUGUCAACCGUGGUCAAAAUGUUAUCUGGUGAGAUGGAAAUUGAUGAGGGAAAGAUUACAAAACCGGGUCUUAUUUCAGAUUUCAUGGAUCUCAAGGUCAGAAGCACCCCAAACAAGACUGCAAAUCAUGAUCCUAAAAAGAACAUAUUCAAUACUACUACUACAUCUUCAGGUUCUGAUAAUGCAGAACAUUCGUUAUUAACAUCAAAUAAUACAUCACAAUCGACUAUGACCUUUACAGAUGUGUGGGAUCGGGCUAAUUGACACAAGCUCAUUGAAGAAUUCGCAUGUUUCUUUUCUCUUUUUUGUUUUUGAAAAACUUGAUCUUUUUGGAGGUUAGGGCGAGGGGUUGGAGGUAUAUAUGGUUUGUAAAUUUGUAUAUUUUUGUCUUUAUGCAAUUCUUCGAAGAUGGGUUUUCUGUAAAGGUUUCUUUUUUGGUUUAGAUGGAAAGAUUAGUAGAGAUUUGGAGA